UUACUAAUUUUUUUUAUUAACCGUUUUAAAUUUACACCUAUUAAUACUAAUAGAGUCGUUUCUUAUAUUGCACAUACACGCAUUGCGUGCGUUUCUUAGCUUGCACUCAUAUUAGUUAAAAUGACAAGAGUUUAUUCCUCAUUUAUUAGUCAAAAUGACCGUAAUACCCCUUAAUUUUUUAAUGAUCGUUUCUUAGCUUGUACUCAUAAUAGCUUGUACUUACUCCUUGUUAACUUGAAAUUUCUCUUUUUUUUUUUGUUUUUUGUUUUUUUGAAGAUAAUGUUAGGCAGGAAUAUAAUAAAUCAAAACAAACGUCCAAGACUCUGCUGGAACGGACCCAUACAAACAAAUUCCGAACAACCACGAGUAUCUGCAGGAAUAUUUUUAUCUAACAAUAAGUCUUGUGUAAGGCGAGUGUACGUUUGUAAGACAUUCAGUUUGAGGGCAGCUUUAGCUAUUUUUAUGGUAACUUUAAACCCUUAAAGGGUAACUUUUAAUUUGUCAUUGGUUUGAGUUUUAUUUUAAUGUGUAAUUUCUUAUAUAUUCAUGAUUAUAUACUAUAUAGGCUAAUAUGAUUAAUCUAAUACAUUACAAGUUUUUUUGUAAAUUAAAAUCUAUUUUUAGAAAAAUAAUAACUUUAACCUGUCUUAUAAUAAAUUAACGUACACUCACUUUUCGAAGAAUUUGUGUUUUCUCUGGAUAAAUUGGUUAAACUAUUGCAUCAACUUAAAAAAAAAAAAAUUAAAAAAAAAUAUAAAAUAUUGGAGUACAAAAUUUAGUGCGAUAAUAAUAUGCCAAUUGGGACAAAAGAGUAUAAAUGCUGAGAAAACUCGAAGACUCCCAUGUCGAUUGUCGCAGACAUCCAUGUAAAUUAGCAGCCUCAACAAUGGCGGUGCUUAAAAUACUGACUUUGCUUGCGUUAAUUUCUCUGUUAUUUUCAACAAUCCACGCCAAAUCCAACAACACUGCUAAUUUCCAAUGGCAGAUUCUCUCUUCCAAGAAUUUUUCUUCUCAGAUUCGUCUUCAUCCUCAUAUUCUCCUCUUUAUCACCGUCCCUUGGUGUGGAGAGUCUCGUUCUUUGAUGAAUGAGGUAUCUCAGAAAUUGUCUAAAGAACAAGAGACGUAUUGCUCCUUGAAGCUGAUGCUCAUAUACCGCAAUCUUGAAAAGACACUGGCUGAUUCUCUUGGUGCUGCAGAGGGAAUUACAGUUCUCUGUUAUCAUCAUGGCAUGUCUUUUAAGUAUCAGGGAAUCAACAGAGAACGAGAUAUAUUAUCCUCUGUCUUUUAUAUAAUGUCACUUGCCACUGAAGACCUUCCUCUUAAGAGAAUUGGCAAUUCCAAGGACAUGGAAAUGUUUCUUGCAUCAACCGAUAAGGCUAUAAUCCUCUUAGAAUCUUGCGGAUGGACCUCAAAGUUGCUUGUGGAUCAGACUGGCAAUGGAACUGUGCAAGGUAGUCACUUUCCAGGGGAUUUAAAUAGAGAAACUGAUCAAACCCUGGUAUCUGGAAGUCAGAAAAACCUUAAGGAUGGAGAAAAUGAUACGAACUGUGAUGUUCAACAUGUUUGUGGUGAAAGUCCCUGGGUUGGAGAAUACAGUGCUGAAAAUAGGACAGCUUCUACUGACGAGGAUAUGCAGCCUACGUCUGGAACAUCCUGCAGUUUCAAAGAAUUCAGUAAAUUUAAGUCGUUCUUCUCAAAGUUCAUGAUAUUGGCAAGAGAUAUGUAUCUUCCUCCUCAAAGACAAAGAUAUGGCUUUGUAUCAGAUAGGUCAUUGCUUUCGACUCUUGGUGCUGAAGAUUUUGAUCAAUGGUCGGUGAUCAUAUCCUAUGCUGGAUGUCUUAGUUGCUUAAGGAAAUUUAAAGAUGAAAUACAUCUUCAAAAGGCUCUUGAGAUGCAUGAUCUGCCAGUACUGGAGCUGCCAGAUGAUGGAAAAGGCCUUAGACCUGCUCUCCCUGUUGAUAAACCAUCAGUUGUACUUUUUGUAGACAGAACAUCAGACUCUGUAGAAACUAGAGAAAGUAGUCAGAAAGCUCUUCGUUUGUUCAAAGAACUUGCGUUACAGUAUUGGAAAUCACAUCCGACUGAUUGGCAAAGUAUUGAUCCAACAAAAGGAUCACUUCACACUUAUCAAGAUUCAACCAGCGUGUUUAAGAAUCAUAGGUUUCUGGUAUCACCUUCAUCUCAGAUAAAAUUGGAUGAUAAAAUGUCUAUAAUGAUAAUAGAUGAAGGACAACAGGUUACCUUUGGUAAUGAGGCCUCGCAAAGUGGCUCUUUACAUGAGAUCUUGACAUAUUUGGUUGGACAGAGAAAGCAAGCGAAAUUAAACACACUUGCAAAAGAAGCAGGUUUUCAACUGCUUUCUGAUGAAAUAGACAUAAAGAUAGCAAAUGUGUUACCUUCUCUGGAAGGUCAGGAUCAGGAUUCAUCCAUCAAGUCAGAUGUUGCCUCUGAGGAAAGUAUCAAUGACAAAAUUAAGGAUUCUACUGAUGAAGUUGCACCCCUUGCAGAUCAGGAGCAACUAUAUCAACCUAUUAAUGUUGAAGCUUCAUCUGAGUACAGUAACCAGCAAGUAUCCAUUGAUUCUGCAAUUAAAGAGUCUGGAAUUGGGGAUCCCCAUCAGUCUCCUAAUGAUCAGAAACUUGGAUCUGGCCAAGAUGUAGAUUUAGAUAUUCAACCUAAUGCAGAAAACACAGAAAUUUCAGGUCUUAGGCGUCAUUUAAGUGCCUUUACUGGUUCGUUUUUCUUUAGUGAUGGUAACUACAAAUUUCUCAGAUCUCUUACUCAAGACUCACAAGUUCCAAGAAUAGUGAUCAUUGAUCCGUUGUCCCAGCAACAUUAUGUCUUAUCUGAAGAAGCAAAUUAUGAUAUUGUAUCUCUAUCAACAUUUAUAAAAGAGUUUCUAAAUGGUAGCCUUACUCCAUUUCAACGCAGUGGACCUUUGCGAAAAUCUGUUGAAAUGCCACAGCCUCCAUUUGUCAAUCUUGAUUUUCGUGAAAAGGAUUCCAUCCCUGUUGUUACAGCUGAUACUUUUUCUGAGUUAGUUCUUGGUUCUGGUGAGUCCAAUGCUCAAGAUGCACUCAAUGCAUGGCAUAAAGAUGUGGUAGUGCUUUUCAGCAGUAGCUGGUGUGGAAUUUGUCAGAGAAUGGAAUUAAUUGUUCGUGAAGUUUACUGGGCCUUGAAAAGCUACGUAAACAUGGUUGAGUCUGAAACAAAAGGCAAAAGGCUUUUUUCUCAAGAUAACUUGAAGGAUGAUGUUUCAAAGAUGCUUGUAUUUUAUUCGAUUGAUUGCAUGGUGAAUGAAUGCAGUUGGAUCCUGAAAUCAAUGGGUCAAAAGGAAGUUUAUCCUAGUUUGCUGCUAUUUCCAGCAGAGAGGAAGACUGCUAUCGUCUAUGAUGGAAAUAUGAUGGUUACAGACAUUAUAAAAUUUAUAGCCAACCAUGGGAGUCGUUCUGACCAUCUUGCCAGACAGAAAGGAAAUUUAUGGACUGAUUUGGAAGAGAGAAAAAAUCAAGAUGAUGAAGUCAGAGUUGCAAUGAGUAGAGAUACCAAAAAAUCUUCUGAUGUCACAAAUAAAUAUUUUGGAACCAAUAUGCAGAAUGCAGAGUUACAAAAUUCAGCGAUAUUACAAAAGCCAAUCACACCAAAUCCCAUUGUCGGCUCAUUUCUAGUUGCCACUGAACACUUGGAUGAUUCAAACCUUUUCAACAAAGCCAAGAUUCUCAUUGUGGGUGCUGAACAUGGUGUAGGAUUUCAAGGUUUGAUUGUUAACAAGCCUAUCCCCAGCUGGGAUUCUUUACCUCGAUUGCGAGACGUAAAACUACUUGAAGGAGCUCUUGUUUCUUUUGGGGGCCCAGUCAUUCAACAAGAAAUGCCUCUUGUCUCCUUGGCGAGGAUUUCUUUCAACAAUCAAUACCCUCAAGUUCUACCCGGUGUCUAUCUCCUUGAUCAAUUGGAAACACUCGGCAAAAUUAAGGAUAUUGAAGCAGGAAAUCUGUCUGCUACUGACUUGUGGUUCUUUUGGGGCUACUCAGGCUGGAGUUGGGACCAACUUCUAAAUGAGAUAGCUGAAGGAUCGUGGAAGCUUCAUGAGGGAAGUGUUGAAGAUCUACAGUGGCCAAAAUGAGAGCUUAGCCUCACAAGAUGGAGAUAUGUCUUAUGUGAAAUGCCUCACCCAAGUUCUGGAGGACUUCUUUCAUUAAAUCUGAAUUCCCUUUGAUCGAAGCAUUGAGGAUGAAGUUAGAAGGCUGCAGGGGGUGGGGGACUAUUUUGCGUAACUAGGCUGCUGGCUGAUUGAUAUCUUAUGUUUGGUAAUGUAUAUGAUGUCUCCCCAACUACAUGAAAGGAUAGAAUGUUCGAAGGUUUUGAAGGAAUGAAAGAGAUGUGUCCUGCUCCACACUCCCUAUUCCAAUAUCUGUAACAUUUACCAGCAUUUCCUGUGCAAUAUGUUCUCAGUUUGUUCUAUUUUUUAUCGCCUUUAGGUUAGAGUAUUCGUUACCUAAAUAGAAAUAGGGAAGAAAACAGAAUUCAGGUUUAUGGGGGAUUCGAAAGAAGAACCUCUGCAGCAGAAUUCUCAUUUUGGUAUAGUAAUAUUUUACAGCUACUAAUAGGCUCCUAUGUUGUACUGUAUCACUGAUGCAUAUGAAUGAAGUUCACAAAAGUAACCAUUUUUCUUCUUCUGUGUUUCUCCAAACCCUUUGACGGUUGAUGAGUAGGGCCAUUGGGUGCUUUGGAAUGUCGUUGGUUGAUUGCUUACCCUUGAUUCUUAAUUUAUUUAUUAUUAUAUCUUUA